AUGUUCGAAAACCUUUGCACCCUCCCUCUGUCGGCCGAUGUCUUCACGCAGGCGCUCCACCCCACCGAGCCGCUGCUGACCGUCGGCCUCUCAUCAGGCCAUGUCGAGACCUUCCGCCUUCCGGCCCCGGUUGACAAUGGCUCCGAUGCAUCUGGCGAUGCUGAUACCAGUAUCUCUUCCACCGGUCGGGGCAUGAUUGAGAGUGCUUGGCGCACGAGGCGACACAAGGGGAGCUGUAGAGCCCUGGCAUAUGCCCAUGAUGGAUCUGCCGUUUACUCCGCUGGAACCGACGGCCUGAUCAAGCACUUCUCUCCCGAGACCGGCAAGGUCAUCUCCAAGAUCGUCAUCCCCUCCUCGAACAAGCAGAUCGAUGCCCCGACCCUCAUGCACGUCCUGAACCCCCAGAGUCUCCUGAUCGGCUGCGACUCCGGCGCGAUGCACAUUUUCGACCUUCGCGACGGUGCCCCCGCGUCCAAGCCUGCUCAGACCAACUUCCCUCACUCCGACUACGUCUCCGCCGUCGUUCCCCUUCCCCCUUCCGCCGAGAGCACAUCUGGUUUCCCGAAGCAAUGGGUCUCGACUGGUGGCACCACCCUCGCCGUGACGGAUGUCCGCAAGGGCGUUCUCGUUCGCUCCGACGACCAAGAGGACGAGCUGCUGUCAGCAUGCUACGUCCCUGGUCUCGGGCCCAAGAACAACCGCAACAACGGCGUGGUGGCUGUCGGAUCCGCCUCUGGCGUGGUUACGGUCUGGGACAGAGGUGCGUGGGAUGACCAGCAGGAGCGCAUCAUCGUCGAUGGUGGCAAGUCCGGGGGCGAGAGUCUGGACGCUCUGGCGUUGGUGCCUCAGGAGCUCGGUUUGGGUAAGAAACUGGUCGUCGGUCUCGGCGACGGCAGCUUGAGGGUGGUAGACCUGGUCACCCGGGACGUCGAUCAGGUCGUCAAUCUCCGCCACGACGACGUCGAGGGUGUCAUCUCCGUCGCCUUCGACUCCGAGAACCGGCUGAUCACGGCCGGCGGCAAGACUGUCAAGGUGUGGGAGGAGCUGUCGGAGCUUCAGGGAGAGGGCGACGACGAGGACGAGGACAGCGAUGACGAUAGCGACGACGAGGACGGAGCGACGGGCAAGCGACGUGCUGGCAGCGACAGUGACGAUAGCGACAGCGACAGCGACGGUGGAAAGAGGCAGAGCAAGCGCCAGAACACGGGAGCGGCCGCCGCGGCUGCUAAGCUUGGCCCCAUGGGUGCGCACGGCAUUUUGGGAUUUGAUGGCUUGGAUUAA